AGAGAGAGAGAGCUUGAGCUUGUUUUUUCCACACAGUUGUGUUUGUAGUGAGGACGGAGAGGCAGCAGGACAGCUUUUCAGUGCUUUAAGUAAACUCUGGGGACAAGGACAAACCCAAGGGUCCAACAUGCCUUCAGAAAAACACAGCAGCAGUAAAAGGACCCACCACCGGUCCUCCCGCCACACCUUCUCGGCCGCCUACCCAGAUGAGCACAUGCUACACUACUACCGCUGGACGUCGUCUCCAGGUGUGAUGAAGAUCAUGUGCAUCAUCAUCAUCAUCAUGUGCGUGGCGUUGUUUGUGUGUGUGGCGUCCACUCUAGCAUGGGACUAUGACAUGGAAGCCAUGGGCAUGGGUGGGCUGGGAAUGGGCAUGGGCUAUGGAGGCGGGGGCUAUGGAGGCGGGGGCUAUGGAGGUGGUAUGGGGGGCUCGUACGGCAGUGGGGUUGGAAGCUAUGGUGGUGGGUACGGCGGCUACGGAGGCUACUAUAUGGAUCCCUUGACCGGCAAAGGCUUCAUCAUCGGCAUUGCGGCCGUCACCUUCAUAGCCGUGCUGGUCAUCUUCAUCCUGGUGGUGUCGAGGCAGAACACUGCCCGUUCACAUAAGUUUUACCUGGCCAGCAUCAUCAUCUCUGCCAUCCUGGCCGUGCUCAUGCUCAUCGCUAGCGUGGUGUACCUGGUGGCCGUCAACCCCACGGCUCAGUCCUCUGGCUCCAUGAUGUACAACAUGAUCUGGCAGCUCUGCGCCCAGUACCAGAACCAACCCCAGGCGUCCGGCAUCUUCAUCAACCAGUACAUGUACCACUACUGCGUGGUGGAACCUCAGGAGGCCGUUGCCAUCGUUUUGGGGUUCCUUUUGGCGGUGGCACUGAUCAUUCUGCUGGUAUUUUCCGUGAAGACCCGCCAGGAGAUGAGACGCUACGGCAGACACCGUGUGUACUGGGAGGAGCCUAAGCUUUUCAAUGACACCUUUUCUCAUGGUGUGGAGAAAUGGGUGACUAACGUGUCUGGGGAACCAGAGGCUUUGGUGAAUGACCACAAUGACCAGGUCGGUGCAUCCCCAAGCUAUCUUGACCAAAGCGCUGAUUUUCAGAAACCGAUCUAUCUUCCUGGCGGCUCCGACCUGACGAGCAUGCUGAGCAUAACAAAGAGUAAACUGAGAGACUACGAUACGGGAGCAGAAUCAGCUGACGAUCUGGACGAAACUGACUAUGAUGGUGAGUUCCCUCCCAUCACUAAUGAUGUUAAGAGGCAGGAAUAUAAGCGGCAUUUUGACAGGGACCACAUGGAAUACAGGCGGCUGCAGGCCGAACUGGACGACAUCAAUGUGGGCAUCGCCGAGGUGGACCGAGAGCUGGACCGGCUGCAGGAGGGAAGCCCACAGUUCUUGGAUGCCAUGGUGCAGUAUAACAGACUGAAGAGCCUGAAGAGGUCAGCAGAAUACCAAAUGAAGAAGAAGAGAUGCAAACAGCUGAAAGCUAAGCUGUCCCACAUCAAGCGGAGGGUCAGUGAUUAUGACCGCAGACCGUGAGAAGCUCCCUCUUGUCUUUUUCUCGCCCAGUCUGCUCGUUUGGACCUCACCUUCUCUGCUGAUUUCAAGAUGUUGCCUUUGAGACGCUACGAACCCGAUACAAAGUGCUUUUUUCAUCUGUUUUAUUUUAAUUUUUGUAUUAGACUCUUGAUGUAACUUUUAUUCUCUUCUUUUUUUUAAUAGUUUUUUUUAUUCCUUAUUCCAGGUUCAGUAGCCUUUUUUUGGUGUACAGCUUUAGCCACAGUUAGGGUCGAUGUUUGGUUCACAGUUGGCUAAAAAGCAUCAUUUGUUUUGGAAGUUGACUGUACACAACGGAAUUGCACUGCUGUUUUUUUUAGGACAUGUAUGCCUCCUCUUUGUUGACAUGGCUGGAGUUACAACACUCCUGCACUCCCACACCCAUAUUUCCAUAUUUAUUAAGCAGCUCAAAAGGGAAAACCACUGAUCUGUGAACAGCCCUCAAUUCUAUUCAGAUAAUGUUCUUUAGACUAUAAAACAGACCAAAACUGAUUUGAGAUCAACACGUUGACUCUGAGAAGUAUAAAUAUGGGCUCACCUUUGAGCCGGGAUUAGUAGCACUGACUGUUACAAGGUGGCUGUGGAUUUAGACACAGGUUAUUGUUAGUCGUGAAUUUAGAUUCAAGUAAUAAAAAACGAUCACAAGAAAAAUAGAAAAACACGUACUUAAAGAAAUAAGUUCAGCGGGGGAAAUAAUUAGAUUUUUUCCCUUAUUACACAAAAUGUACAGUCAGCGAAGACACAUUUAGUGUCUGAAGGAGCUGUAAGGCUAACGUAGCUAAGAAGAAAUGGAAGCUAAUGCCUCACCAGUUACAUAGCAUAACGCAAACUGGAUGCCUAAACCUCACACCAAGUCGUUCUCCUUGUUCUGCUCUCCAGUAAGACCCCUCGUCCACUUGCCCCACUUCCACAGUGCCAUCAUGGAUGUUCUGUUUCUUUAUUAGUUCAAAUGAAGUUAUUGUUCCCUUUCCAAACCCAAAAAUUGGCAUACAAAGUUGCCAUAAUGUUGCAUUCUUGACAACCAGGAGCAGGACUUUUCAGACUUGCUUCCCACCUCAAAGCGUUCACUGUUACUCAUAGUAAACUAGCCCUCAUUUGGCUGAUCUGGAUGUAUUAAAAGCUCUUAAAA